AUGGCCGCCAUGCCGUCCGCCGACGCGAACGCGGCGUCCGUGACGACGAUCCCCAACUCCAUGUGGAAGUCGGCGCCGCUGAUCCAGGAGGGCUCGCUCGUCAUCCUCUUCGAGACGCACAACUCGCUCACCUACUGCUACGCGCAGCGCGACGCCAUCUACCAGAACCGGCACGGCGCCUUCUACCACAACGACAUGAUCGGCCAGCCCUUCGGCUCCAAGAUCAUCUCGCGCAAGAAGAACGCGCGCGGCUACCUCAUCCUGCUGGCGCCCACGCCCGAGCUCUGGAGCCGCGCGCUGCGCCACCGCACGCAGAUCGUCUUCACGCUGGACGCCAGCGCCAUCAUGUUCGCGGCGGCGCUGCGCUCGGGCGCGCGCGUGGUCGAGUCGGGCACGGGCAGCGGCGCGCUCACCACGAGCUUCGCGCGCACGGUGGCGCCGCACGGCCACGUCUUCACCUUCGAGUUCAACGCGCACCGCGCCGAGAUCGCGCGCGACGAGUUCAAGCGCAACGGCCUCGAGAGCGUCAUCACGGUGGACUGCCGCGACGCGUGCGAGCAGGGCUUCCCCGUGGAGCUGGAGGGCACCAUCGACCUGGUCUUCCUGGACCUGCCCUCGCCCUGGAAGGCCGUGGGCCACGCCGCCAAGAUGCUCAAGCAGGGCGGCUUCUUCGCGUCCUACUCGCCCUGCAUCGAGCAGGUGCAGAAGACCUGCGGCGCGCUCAGGAGCGCCAACUUUGAGUUGAUUCGGACGAUUGAGACGAGGCUGGUGCCGUACAACUCGCGGAGGAUCGACCUGCCCGUGCCGGACUUCGGCUUUGGCAAGAAGGUGAAGACGGAGAAUGGGGCUGCGGCUGCGGCGGCUGCUGCCGAGGCAGCGAAGCAGGCGGAGGAGGACGCCGCCAAGACGGAGGAGGAGAAGGAGAGGAAGAAGAACGGCGGACGCAAGCGCAAGUACGUGCCCGGCGGAGUGGGCGAGCACAUCGUGGCCAAGAAGGACGACGAGAUCCGCGGACACACGGCCUACCUUACCUUCGCUACCAAGUUUUUCGAGUAA